GUCUACAACAGGCUCUUUGCAAAAGGAAGAAAUUAUCGCUUUUGUGAACAAAUCUGCAACUGUUAAAGUACUUGAAUGGUGGUUAAAUGCCACUAAUAUAGAAGAGCUAAAGGCUCAAAAUUCUAUGCAUUAUUUAUGCAAAUUUAUUCAACAUGCAUUUGCUAUCAAUUAUUUGUUAAGAGAUACUAAAAGAACGAAAACUUUGGAUAAUUUGACGAAAAACAUUGCAGUACCAUCACGAAAUGGUAAAAAUCUUGCAAGCAAUUUACGUUUAUAA